GCUCACUGGAUGGUGCGGCCCGUUCCCCUCCUGUCUGCCAAAAUCAACACGCUUUUUACUUGCCGAAGAACAUUUUCCCCCUUCUUCCCUUUCUUUCUUCCAAAUUGGUGUAAGGAAGCCCCAGCAAGACAUCCCGCCCCUCCACAGACCAGAUCGAGCACCAGCAGCGCGUGAGCUGACCCGAGCCGUCCCGGUAAGCGCGCCGAGAUGCCCGAUGCUGCUGCUCACUUGCCCUUCUACUACGGCAGCAUUGCCAGGUCGGAAGCGGAGGAGUACCUGAAGCUGGCGGGGAUGUCGGACGGCCUGUUCCUGCUGCGGCAGUGCCUGCGCAGCCUGGGGGGGUACGUCCUCUCCAUGGUCUGCAACCUGCAGUUUUACCAUUACGCCAUCGAGCGCCAGAUGAACGGUACCUACGCCAUUGCAGGGGGCAAAGCACACUGUGGGCCAGAGGAGCUCUGUGAGUUUUACUCCAAGGAUGCCGACGGGCUCUGCUGCACCCUCCGUAAACCCUGCAACCGCCCCAGUGGCGUGGAGCCCCAGCCCGGUGUCUUCGACAGCAUGAGGGACAAUAUGGUGCGCGAAUAUGUCCGGCAGACGUGGAAAUUAGAGGGGGAUGCACUCGAACAGGCCAUCAUAAGCCAGGCUCCACAGGUGGAGAAGCUCAUCGCCACCACGGCCCACGAGAGGAUGCCCUGGUACCACGGCAGCAUUGCCCGGGAUGAAGCUGAACGGAGGCUCUACUCUGGGGCACAACCUGAUGGGAAAUUCCUGCUGAGAGAAAGGAAGGAGAACGGCGCCUACGCCCUCUCCCUCGUCUAUGGCAAAACAGUGUACCACUAUCGGAUAGACCAGGACAAGUCUGGCAAGUACUCCAUCCCAGAGGGGACCAAGUUCGACACGCUCUGGCAGUUGGUGGAGUACCUAAAACUCAAACCGGACGGGCUGAUUUUCUACCUGAGGGAAACCUGCCCCAACCCCAAUAUGCCAGCGUCUGCAGCACCGGUUCCACCGACCCACCCCUCCGUGAGCAGGCAUCUUGGGACUCUCAAUGCAGACGGAUACACACCAGACCCUGUAGGUGCAGGAAAGUCACGCCUGCUACCCAUGGACACCAGUGUCUACGAGAGCCCAUACAGUGACCCCGAAGAACUGAAGGAUAAGAAGCUUUUCCUGAAGCGGGACCACUUGAUGAUCGAUGAAGUGGAACUGGGGGCAGGAAACUUUGGCUGCGUCAAGAAAGGAGUCUACAAAAUGAGAAAGAAGCAGAUCGAUGUGGCCAUAAAGGUGCUGAAGAGCAACAACGAGAAAACAGUGAAGGAUGAAAUGAUGAAGGAAGCGCAGAUCAUGCAUCAGCUGGACAACCCCUACAUUGUCCGCAUGAUUGGGGUCUGCGAGGCAGAGUCCCUGAUGCUCGUGAUGGAGAUGGCUUCUGGAGGGCCACUCAACAAGUUCUUGGCUUCCAAGAAAGACGAGAUUGCAGUCAGCAAUAUUGUGGAGCUAAUGCACCAAGUAUCCAUGGGGAUGAAGUACUUGGAGGAAAAAAACUUUGUCCACAGGGACCUGGCAGCCAGAAAUGUCCUGCUGGUCAACCAACAUUAUGCCAAGAUCAGUGACUUCGGACUCUCGAAGGCUCUUGGUGCUGAUGACAGCUACUACAAGGCCAGGACAGCGGGCAAAUGGCCCUUGAAAUGGUAUGCUCCUGAGUGCAUCCUCUAUCACAAGUUCUCCAGCAAGAGUGAUGUAUGGAGUUACGGCGUGACCAUGUGGGAGGCCUUCAGCUACGGGCAGAAACCAUAUAAGAAAAUGAAAGGACCAGAGGUCAUCAGCUUCAUAGAGCAAGGGAAGCGCAUGGACUGCCCCACGGACUGCCCAGCAGAGAUGUAUGCCCUCAUGCAGCAGUGCUGGACCUACAGAUGGGAGGAGCGUCCAGGAUUUAUUUCCGUGAAAAACACAAUCCGCUCCUACUACUACAGUAUUGCUACCAAGACAGAAAACGGGCCAGAGACAGAUGACAAGUCAAAAGCAACUCUUCCUUGAGUUUCCCUCUCUGCUCCUCAACCCACACCCUUCCUGCAUGGGACCUGGAAAGGCUCUCUGCGAAUUUUUGCUUUAAUCUCUCAAAUGCCGGUUUUGUUUCUCAAGUAG